AUGGCUUCUAGAUCUCCGACUGCAGCUACUCCGCUGCCGAAGUCCUCUGUCGCGCCCGAGAGUCCUUCCAAAGACGCGACCGCGUCUCCUCAAACCGUGCCGUUUCCCUCACCACAAACAUUUGAGAUAAUCCCACCUCUCCACGGCACACUUCUUCGAUUAUUAUCACAUCAGGGAGCCUCGAAUGGCGUUUCAGGUGCUGGAGAAGCCUCUGGUGCUCCAGGGACAUCCAGUAAAGGACAUCAACAAGAUCAGCAAUCAUCUGCCAAUCUUGCUAGCAAUGGAACCAACGGCGGUUCAUCAUCACAAGCUGUACCUGGAGUUCCUCUCGAUCCUAAUGCCCACCCACCUCUCGAUGUAAAGGAUCUUCCAACCGAGACCAGUUCUGUGAAGAUCCGGAUCCAAAAGGCACGAGCAGUGGUGGAGGGACUCCCGGAUAUCGACCGGUCAGUGGAAGAACAAGAAGAAGAGAUUGCUGAGCUUCAGGACCAAGUGUCCCGGCUCGAAUUUGUCAUCUCAGACUUGAAACGCCUUGCAGCACUGGCCUAG